GGACCGGAAGAGUCCUUGAACCAAAAUAGGUCGGCGGGCACUUCCGGGACCGGAGCCCAGGGUUCCGGGAGGGUGUAGGCAGGAGAGGGAAAGGCAGCAGCGGCGGCAGCUGGAGGAUGAAGAAGGAGCAUGUGCUGCACUGCCAGUUCUCCGCGUGGUACCCGUUCUUCCGAGGCGUUACCAUCAAGAGUGUCAUUCUUCCACUUCCUCAGAAUGUGAAGGAUUAUUUACUCGAUGAUGGAACUCUGGUGGUUUCAGGAAGGGAUGAUCCACCAACACAUUCUCAGCCAGACAGUGAUGAUGAAGCAGAAGAAAUACAGUGGUCUGAUGAUGAGAACACAGCCACGCUUACGGCACCGGAAUUUCCUGAGUUUGCCACUAAAGUCCAGGAAGCUAUCAAUUCCCUCGGGGGCAGUGUCUUUCCGAAGCUUAAUUGGAGUGCCCCAAGGGAUGCGUAUUGGAUAGCAAUGAAUAGUUCUCUGAAAUGUAAAACCCUCAGCGACAUCUUUCUACUUUUCAAGAGUUCUGAUUUCAUCACUCGUGACUUCACUCAGCCGUUUAUUCAUUGUACUGAUGAUUCUCCAGAUCCAUGUAUAGAAUAUGAGCUCGUUCUCCGAAAAUGGUGUGAAUUGAUUCCUGGGGCUGAGUUUCGAUGUUUUGUCAAGGAAAACAAGCUUAUUGGUAUUUCUCAAAGAGACUACACACAAUACUAUGAUCAUAUUUCUAAACAAAAGGAAGAAAUUUGCAGAUGCAUACAAGACUUUUUCAAGAAACACAUACAGUACAAAUUCUUAGAUGAAGACUUUGUGUUCGAUAUAUACAGAGACAGUAGGGGGAAGGUGUGGCUCAUUGACUUUAAUCCAUUUGGCGAAGUCACAGAUUCACUGCUGUUCACCUGGGAAGAACUGGUAUCUGAGAACAACUUAAACGGCGAUUUUAGUGAAGUUGACGCUCAAGAGCAGGAUUCCCCAGCUUUCCGUUGCACAAACAGUGAAGUGACAGUCCAGCCCAGCCCCUAUUUGAGUUACCGGCUACCCAAGGACUUUGUAGACCUCUCUACUGGGGAGGACGCUCACAAGCUAAUAGACUUCCUUAAGCUGAAGAGAAAUCAGCAGGAGGACGACUGAUGAGCGUGCUGGAGCUGGAGAAGAGGAGGCCCCGCCCCGCCGCUCCGGGAGCUGCUCAUCAGCCGCAGCUUCCUGCCGACCCUGAUGCGGGCGGGCCGAGCAGUGUGGACAUCAGCCGCUUUUUAUAUUCAUGUACAUUCACCUGGGGAAAAAAACGGAGGGACUUUGCUACUUGUAAAAAUAACAUAAUAAAUAGAUCUUAAACAUAGGAAAACCAUACUGUUCUGAUAAUAAAAUGCUUUCUAUGAAAUA